CUCACAACAUCUCCUCUCCUGUCCUCUCCUCUCUCAGAGCAAGAAGAAAGAAGUCCUCUCGCUCGUCGUCGGUCCAUCUUCCAUUCGUCCGUUUAGCUUCCAGAAAUGGCACAGAUCAGCUUCGUGAGGGCUUUUGUUGCGGCUUUGGUGAUGGCGCUUUUCGCUGCCGUCUCGGCUCAGAUCAGCGAGUCUCCUGCUGCGGCUCCUGGUCCUCUCCCCGGUGCUGGAUCCUCUCUGGCGGUUUCUGGUGUCGCCGUUGGGGUAUCUUUGAUCGUAUCUCUUCUCGCUCUGUUGAAGCAGUAGAUUAGGUUGGGGAUUGUGUUGCGGGUACAUAGAAUCACAAGGAUAUGAUGAUUUGUGGGUUUUGUUGUUCAUUUGUUUGAUGAUUCUUUGUUAUUUGUUUGAAUAAUAAAUUGAAUUCUUUUAGUAAUAAAUUCUAGUGUUCCAA